UUGGACUGCCUUUUUGGGAGGCAAGGAGUUAGUUGGGGAUGGAAAGACUGUAGUUUGUAUUCUUUCUGCUCUGUUACCCAUUGCUAUCUUCAUGGAUCUGACACUCUGUUUAUCUGACAGUGCACUCAGUACUGCUUCGCCAGGGAAAAUUGCACAAAACAAGCCCUGUGCAUCAGCACUUUCAUUGUGUAUUAAGCUGAGCCUCCCUUCACAUGGUCACAUCCCCUUUUUAAUCUGGGAUUCCAUGUCCCUUUCCCAGUCCAGCCUUGUUUCUGUGGUGUCUAUUGCUGGUCUCCCUGAGCUUCUGUGGUUUGAGUGUUUUUUGUGUGGCUGAGUGUUAAGACCUGCAGGACUUUUGGAAGUGGCGUUGUUUGGGGGUUAGGCAGUACACUGAUUUAGUGUUAGUAGUUUGUCACAGACUGAGGUGAUGGCUGCGUUCAAGUUGGAUUUUCUCCCAGAGAUGAUGGUGGACCAUUGCUCAUUGAAUGCCAGCCCUGUUGCAAAGAAAAUGAAUGGCACACUGGAUCACCCAGACCAACCUGAUCUAGAUGCUAUCAAGAUGUUUGUGGGUCAGGUCCCACGGAGCUGGUGUGAGAAGGAUCUAAGAGAACUUUUUGAACAGUAUGGUGCUGUCUAUGAAAUCAAUGUCUUGAGAGACAGGAGCCAAAACCCUCCUCAGAGCAAAGGGUGCUGUUUUGUUACAUUUUAUACCCGUAAAGCUGCACUAGAAGCACAGAAUGCUCUUCACAACAUGAAGAUCCUCCCAGGGAUGCACCAUCCUAUCCAGAUGAAACCAGCUGACAGUGAAAAGAGUAAUGCAGUAGAAGAUAGGAAGUUGUUUAUUGGAAUGAUAUCCAAGAAGUGCAAUGAAAAUGAUAUCCGAGUGAUGUUCUCCCCCUUUGGGCAGAUUGAAGAAUGCAGGAUAUUACGUGGCCCAGAUGGCCUGAGCCGAGGUUGUGCAUUUGUGACUUUUACAACAAGAGCCAUGGCGCAAACAGCAAUCAAAGCAAUGCAUCAAGCACAAACCAUGGAGGGUUGCUCUUCUCCCAUUGUGGUAAAAUUUGCAGACACACAGAAGGACAAAGAGCAGAAACGAAUUGCUCAGCAACUCCAGCAACAAAUGCAACAGAUCAGUGCUGCCUCAAUAUGGGGAAACCUGGCUGGUCUCAACACACUUGGACCCCAAUACUUAGCACUUUAUUUGCAGCUCCUUCAGCAGACAGCAGCUGCAUCAUCUGGGAACCUGAACACACUGAGCAGCCUCCACCCAAUGGGAGGACUGAAUGCAAUGCAGUUACAGAACCUGGCUGCACUAGCGGCUGCAGCCACUGCAGCUCAGAACACACCAAGUGGUACCGCUGCACUCACUUCCUCCAGCAGUCCCCUGAGUGUGCUCACCAGCUCAGCAGGUUCCUCACCUAGCUCCAGUAGCAGCUCCUCUGUUAAUCCAAUGGCUUCUCUUGGAGCGUUGCAGACACUGGCAGGGGCCACAGCAGGCCUCAACGUUAGCUCUUUAGCAGGAAUGGCAGCCUUAAAUGGAGGUCUCGGCAGUGGUGGUCUCUCAAACGGGACAGGUAGCACAAUGGAAGCUCUCACACAGGCUUAUUCUGGAAUCCAGCAAUAUGCUGCUGCUGCAUUGCCCACCCUCUAUAACCAGAGUCUCUUAACACAGCAGAGUAUUGGUGCAGCAGGAAGUCAGAAAGAAGGUCCAGAGGGAGCCAACCUGUUCAUCUACCAUCUCCCCCAGGAGUUUGGGGAUCAGGAUCUGCUGCAGAUGUUCAUGCCAUUUGGAAAUGUCGUCUCUGCCAAGGUCUUCAUUGACAAGCAGACCAAUCUAAGCAAGUGUUUUGGUUUUGUAAGUUACGACAAUCCUGUGUCAGCACAGGCUGCCAUUCAGUCAAUGAACGGCUUUCAGAUUGGCAUGAAGCGUCUGAAAGUACAGCUCAAGCGCUCUAAGAAUGACAGCAAGCCAUACUGAGCGCCCCUCCCCUCCGGGACUGGAGUGAGAAGGAUCUUCUGGUAAGUUGGAGAGGAGCGCACUUAGUGAUUCGAAGCCCUAAGGCUGUGUUUUUACAGUCCUGGAAGCUGAUCCAUGCCUUCUAUCUGGCACAUCUUCCCCUGAAGACUCGGCUGCAGCCUCUGCUGAGAAUCCCGCUUCGGAUGGAGGACAAGUUUGUGCUUUUGUUUCCAGUGUUUUACUUUGGAGUUUAGGUGCCAUAUCGCUGAGGUGUUUCUUUUUUAUUUUAUUUUUAUUUUACCUUAUUUUUAUUUCUCUUUUAUUUGAAGUUUGCUGUGUUUGUAACCAGUGUGUGUUGAGAAGGACCAAUGCCAGCUCCUUGGGGGUGGGGAGGCAAGGUUAAAGGGAGCAGCAGAAACUGACACCACACUGCCUUGGGCUAGAGAGGAGAAGGGGGAAGCAGAACUGACACCACACCACCAUAGGCGAGAGGAGAAGGGAAAGCAGAAAUAACACAGACCAGCUGAUGAAAACAAAAGAUGGGGAAAGAGAAGUGAGUCCAUCCAACUUUGGGUGAGCAAAGAAUUGACUCCAUGUAGCCAGUGUCAUACCCCAUCCACUCUCAGAAAUUUCUGCAGCUGUAUGCUGUGGUUGGGGUUUAGUAAAUCAUCUCUAAAGCAAGAGACAGGCUAGAAGGGUGAACACAUUAACAAGCCAAAGGAAAACUGCAGUGAUUUUAUUUUGCUGUAUAUAAAGUAGUGUUUAUAUAGCACUGUGAAUGUACACAGCACUUUAUAAAAUUAUUAGGUAGUAUCCCUGCCCUGAAAAUUUCACUGUCAAUUUACAGUUGAAUAUUAAUGAGAUGCAGUAAAUUACUCCAUAUUUAAGCAAACCUAUUCUAUGUACUCUACCUAGGUUUUGUAGAAAGGUAUAGAGAGAGAGACAGCUUAGUCUGGAUGAAUACAUCUGGGGCUGGAAACAAGAAACUUUUGAUCCCUGAUAAUCUACAGAUUACUUUUUUUUUUGACAAUUUUCUUCUUAACAGUUCAUCACGUUCCCCAUCUCUGUGGAAUUCCCCCUAUUCUGUGGAAUAAUGUCCUUUUUGCAGAGUAUUACUUUGAAUUCAUUCUGAUAAGCGUAAUAUAAGUGCUGUUUGUUUCUCUAUUAAAAAUACUUCCAUUGAGACACAAAGCCCAGAGUUACCCUAACACAGCUCUUGAGGCUCCUGUUUCAUACAUGUUUUUAUAGGAUUUGAUUUCUCAGUUUUAAUUCUGUUGCAAAGAUAACUUCCUGUUGUGUUUUGUUUUCUAAACAAUUUGUGCAGUGAUUUAGUCUAGUAAUUAGGUAUUUAUUUAUACUGCAGUUUUCCUUUAAGGUGGUGUGUACCAAUGCAAAACAGGCUAACACAGGAGCUGUGGAACCAGAGCAGAGCAUUGAGCCAUUCAGUCUUACUCUGCCUUUUGGUACUAGCUGUUAUCUUCUAUAUUGAAGGAAAACUGAACACACCCCUUCAACGAACACACACUUUCUCUGCACACUUGUGAAAUUGCUAAUGCGUUGCUAAGGGCCUUUGUUAUACACUGGUUUUAGGGGGCUCAAAGGAUUUUUGACACUCUGGCCUGAGUUGUUCUAAGAAAUCAAAGAGUAGAGUCCCAUUUUAUAACCACCAAAUCCACCUCUGUCACAAGAGGAAGUUUACAAUUUUUGUGUGUCUUUAACAGAAGUUCCAUUUACCUCAUUUUUCUCCUUUUUCUUGUUUUAUUUGUAUUCCUGGUUCGUGAUGCUGUUUCCCAGUUAACACUGUAGUCUGGGAGCCAGGCUGUGUGGGUCAGACGUAGGGUUGAGACUUCCUGUUCUGCUCCAGCAGGAGGAGCACUAAACCCAUCAAACCUGAGAGCUCGUGGUCUCUUGGGAAUGUCGCUGGUCUGUUGGGAGUGUUGGUGUUCCCAGGGACAAGGCCUCUUGAGAUCUCAAACCUCAGAAGUACAAGGCCUGACCUGUAGCAUCCAAGAAGAGCCCUUUCCAUUCUUAAAUUGAAACUCAAACCAUUGAUGCCAGUCUGUCUGUACUGAUGGCAGACAGGUAAAUCUAUCAGUAUUACCCAAAUCAUUUUGUGGUGGCAAAGGUUCAGAGGCCAGAUUGCCAAAUUUCCCAGUUAUGCUGGCAUGUGGUAUCCUUCUAUGUUAAUUAUUUGACUCUCUAGAAACGUGAACAUACACUGAAGUGAACCAUGUACGCUUGAAUUCUGCAUGAUGGGAAAGAUGCGUCCUGGUUUUCUGAGAACAGAGUGUUGGAGUGUGAAGGCCUCCAGGGUGACAAUGGGAUUUUUUUUUAAUAUAAAUAAUAUACUUUUCAAAAAAAAAAAAAGGAAAAAAAGAAAAAAAUAAACCAACAACAUAUUUGGGAGCAACUGCUCCAAGUGCAACCUGCUGUAACCAAGAAUGUUGUUUCUAUUUUUAUAGAAGUUUUAUACUGCUCCAGGGUGGAGAAUAUUUAUUACCUAAAUUAUUUCACUGGAAAAGAUUAAAAAAUAACCAAGGCCAGGGUUUUGUAGAAUCCUGAAUGUGAUUGUUUUACACACAUAAUGAUGUGCAUGAUUGAAACUACUGAUUUUCAGUGGCCUGUUUGCAGCCCAACGACUGCUAAAGGGGGAAGAUGAACGCUGUGAACCAGUGGAGGAGAGCACUGUGCUCUGGGGUCUCUACAGUCACUCUUACCUUCUUUACACCCUACCCCACUGUACUAUCCAAGACCUUCGUCCUGUCUUUCUUUUAACCUGAUGCUCUGGCCUCUUUACAAGUCAUUUCAGUUGCCCAAAAGUAGGUAUUUUAGCUUUGCAUCCUGUAAUGUGUCCUCAAUACUGUAACUUAUGGAUCAAGCUUGGCAUUGUUGCAAAUAGGUGCAACUCCUAUUGACUUUAGGAGAUUGACCAGUUUACCCUGUGGCUUAGUUUGAUCAGUGACUCCUCCCAGACAUAAUCACCCUCAGACACCUAACUUGGGCUAGCUCUUGUGCCUUACUGGCAUAACUGUAAGUAUUGCCAAAAAGCAAAAAGAAAACAAAAAACCAAACAAAUCUAUGCAGGUUAAGUUUUAAAAGGUGUGAUCCUCAGAUGGUUUGAAUCAGUGCAGUUCUGCUCUGUUCAGAAGAGCUGCAUAAGUUUUCACCAGCUGAAGAUGUUGCCCUUUUCGUGUAUUUGUUUCAGAUUUCCCUUUCUUGGUGUAUCUAUGUAUAUGUUGCCAAAGUUAAUAAAUGUAUUGAGUUUGUGAGUUGGGCAGAUUUUGUUCUGAUAACAGAACUGAUCAGAUGAAGUCA